CUCCAAAAAUCCAACUUGGAAUGAAAGCUGCAGACAGCCCCCACCCAAAGCGGUCAGCUUGAACAGGUCACCGGUGAUCUGCCUCUGUAUUUAGUCAAGGAAGAGGAAGCAAAACGCGUUUGUUCACAACAGAUGUUUUAUUGUGGAAACCAGACCGGCAUCCGAGAUUGGUAACUCCACAAAUAUUUCCAAUUUGUAGAUGUGCUGUGCUGUCCUCCAAGCUGAGGCUUGGAGACCCCAGACCAUUAAAAUAGAGACAAACAGUUGGAGCGAGGGCACCAGCCCUGACCACAACUCUGAGACAAUGAAUGACUCAAUUGAGAAGAAUUUGGACAAUGAUGCAGAGGGUGUGUGGAGUCCUGACAUCGAGCAAAGUUUCCAGGAAGCUUUAGCCAUUUACCCACCAUGUGGCAGGCGAAAAAUUAUCCUGUCGGAUGAAGGAAAGAUGUAUGGACGCAAUGAAUUAAUUGCGAGGUAUAUCAAGUUGCGGACAGGAAAAACACGGACACGCAAACAGGUGUCGAGUCACAUUCAGGUGCUUGCUAGAAGGAAGUCACGUGAGAUUCACAGCAAGUUAAAGGAUCAGUCAGCAAAGGACAAAGCCCUUGCCAGUAUGGCAGCCAUGUCAUCAGCACAGAUCGUAUCAGCAACUGCUAUUCAAAACAAACUAGGCAUGUCAAAUAUGUCUCGUCCUUUUCCCGUCACAUCUGUGACUCCUGAGUUCUUUCAGUGUUGGCCAGGUGCUGUAACUUCGGGGGAAGCAGGUUCCUCACAAGAUGUGAAACCUUUCAUCCAACAACCAUUUGCUGUUCAACCAAAUGUAAACCAUUCCCCACUCUUGGCCAGUCUUUCACCAGCGGCUUGGCAGGGUCACUGUAUUGGGUCUACAAAGAUCAGGCUUGUGGAAUUCUCUGCUUUCAUGGAGCAGCAAAGGGAUCCGAAUACUUACAAUAAACAUCUCUUUGUCCACAUCGGUCAGUCAAGUCCUUCCUAUAAUGAAGCUCUACUCGAAUCCGUUGACAUUCGCCAAAUCUAUGAUAAAUUUCCAGAGAAGAAAGGGGGAUUGAAGGAGUUGUUUGAGAAAGGAACACCAAACACCUUUUUCCUUGUAAAAUUCUGGGCUGAUCUUAGCAUUCAUACUCGAGAUGAAGCAGGUAUGUUCUAUGGAGUCACCAGCCAGUAUGAAAGUGCUGAGAACAUGACCAUUACCUGUUCCUCUAAGGUCUGCUCUUUUGGAAAACAAGUUGUAGAAAAAGUUGAAACAGAAUAUGCCCGGUUUGAAAAUGGCCGCUUUCUUUACCGAAUUCAUCGGUCUCCAAUGUGUGAAUAUCUGAUUAACUUUAUACACAAACUUAAGCAGCUCCCAGAGAAAUACAUGAUGAAUAGUGUCUUGGAGAAUUUCACCAUUUUACAGGUGGUAACCAACAGAGACACACAAGAACUCCUCUUGUGUGUUGCAUACGUCUUCGAAGUUUCGACUAGUGAACAUGGAGCUCAGCAUCACAUCUAUAAACUUGUGAAAGAUUAGACUAAAGCCAUGCUCUCCGUUUUGUACCUAAACAUCGAGGAGGAGAAUCUGGGUUAGUUUGAGGUGCUAUCUUUUUCCCAUAUGCCGUUCUGCGAUUUCACCCACCGCAAACCCAACCUCUGAGGCUGGUUUUCUGUACAAUACUAAACAACUCUAGUGAUCCAGUUUACAAUGACAACAGCCACACCAAGCUUUUCUCGAAGGUUGUCCAGUGAAAAUAAGGACAUGUUUGGCUUUAACCGAAUUGGACUGAUGGAGAAGCCCUGGGAGCAUUGCAUUUGUCUUCUGCCUUUAAGGUGUAUGAAGUGAUUUGACAUUUGCUGUUGGCAAAUGAUUCCUUUUAUCUUGGUUGUUGAUUAGAAAUGAUUAUCACCUAGUUCAAACAAACUUUGGAUAAAAUUGGAAGAGACCCUAUCAGAUUGGAAGAUUAA